GGCUGAAUGAAAACUUUACCAGAUUUACAGGUACAUUCAUAAUUUCUUGCACCACGCUUUGUCUUUUCGUGCCCACAAUGUAUUUGAAAAGUAACGCUAAAACGCUAUCCGAGGUUUUGUCCACUCCCCCAUUAAAAUGACAUUAUAAUCACUUGGCAGUCGCGCUUUUCCAGAGUGACAUACAGUCUUCAGGGUAUUAGCCCGUGGACAUGGUAACACCACACUGGAGCUGUUUCUUGGAGUGGUGAUUUUUGGAAAUCAGUUCCGCUAAAUUGAUGGUGGUAGGAUAACGUACGUUUGUGUAAUUGGUCACGUGUAGCAAACGAAUUGCCUUUUAAAAAGCCCUUAAAACAUUUCACAGACGUGCUUUUAACGGUCUGUAAACGUCAGUUGUUACGCAAUUUAAAUGGACGGUACUAUUUUACUAUAUAUAGACAUACUCUUAGUUGUAUCAUUGUUUAUUUUAACUCCGUUGCCUUUAGCAUGUGUUUUUUAUUGUCCAAUGUCUUUUAAAUGCGGUCGUUCCUUUGUGUAAAGCGCUUUGUAGGCUACAAUGCUCGAGAGGCGCGGAGUAAAUUCACCUUUGGUUCCGUUCACCAUAUACCACGUCCCACUUUUAUAUAUUCUGUUUAUAUAAAUGUGUGCUGUUUAAAUAAACUUUUUGGUCAUUCAACAAGAAAUGGAAAUCUCUUUGCUAUGAUUGGUUGCUGUUUAAGGAGCUACGCCCACAAGGGAUGAUCCAGCUUGAACUGUCCGCCAUUUUGGCUCGAGGGUUUCCUUCAAACGAAACAUUGUAAGGCGGAUACACAGGCCGCUUCUUAAACAAGUCUGAAUUGUUAUGUUGAAUAACACCGCAGCUGCCGCCUCCGGUCACAAAGUGAAUCGCACUGCACAUUUUUAGAACAUAGCUGCACUUACUUGUUUUUUUCUGCAAUGUCACGACUGGUUUCCGUGGACUACGAGGUGUUCGGACAAGUGCAAGGUGUAUUCUUCCGCAAGUAUACACAGAAAGAGGGGUGCCGACUGCAGCUAGUGGGCUGGGUGCGGAACACAAACUGGGACACGGUGGAGGGCCAAAUCCAGGGCCCGAAGGAGGCUGUUGAAAGUAUGAAAAAUUGGUUGAGAACCACAGGCAGCCCUAUGUCCCGAAUUGACAAGGUCAACUUUGCCAACGAGAAAGAGAUCCCUGCCCUAGAGUUCAACUCUUUCACCACAAGAUACUGAAGGGUUAACUCCUGCCCUGCAUCUCAUGCAUCAGCAGGUGUAAGGUGGCCUGCAUCACUUUUAACUCUUCAUCUGCUCCCCCCAUCUGUGCAUCCCAUCAACUGAUCAUUUAGUGCACUGGAAAUUUUAAAGAAUGGCAUGUCCAUCUAUUUAGAAAGAAACAUGCCACUGAAGGAAUCGGUCUGCAACAUUUGUGUAAUAAAAUAUAUUUGUGUGUCUACUGAUGUAAUCGAAUUAAAAAAAAACAACAAAACAAGAAAACAUUAGCACUGUUAGCUACAUUGUCAUCUACCAAAAAGUGUUUGUAAUAUACGAGUCCAGUCAAUUUCAGAUGAUAUGAUCGGAUUAAACUGUAGAGCAUU